AGCUGGGGCGCCAGGGGAAGGCCGGGGGCUCUCAGGGCUCCCGGGCAGCGGCGGGCCGGGAGUCGGGAUGUCUGUGUUUCGGGGCCCCUCUGGCCGUCUGGGGCUCGCCCGGCACAGGGAAAGGCGAACUUAUAGAGUCGCCCGGGGGGCCUGCGUGGACGACACUUUCCCGUCGGGCGGAGCCCGCGGGCGGACGCGAAAUUUCUAGUGGAGCCUUAGUCGUCGGCCCCUUUGAAACCAGGAAGAGAGAUGAAGUGUUGUUUUUGAGUCUCUGUUCUAUUGUUAUUAUUGUCAUCUUUAUUAGUCUAAGGAUUUGCUGAAUGUCCCUUUGGAUUUCUGGAGUGCCCCCACGGCACAGGGGAGUGGAUAGUGUCUUGGAUUCCUUCUGCACUUGCUGAGUUUGGUGUCAGAGAGCUUAGAUGGCCAGACUUAUCGCUGGAUCAUCCUCCACUUCCUUUGCACUUAAUAUUAAUAUGACACUGUAAUUUAUAAAGUAUCUACAUUUCUGUAGUCUCUGGUUCUUGGUGACUUAAGAUAGGCUUCCAAGUUUCUCCUUUCAGCUUUCAUGGUGUUUUGUUCAGGACAUUAAAGCUGGGAUUAUAGUGUAUUACAGUUGUUUAUCUGUCUUGUCACAGUAGUUUAUGAGUCUGGCCUACAUUUGGAUUUUUUCCCCACCAAGAGACUACCACAGUGCCUAUCACGGUCAGAGAACAAGUUGAUGGAUCAAGCUGUUGUAUCAACCUUGACGUCCCAUGUGGGGGAAGAGGUUACUCUUGACGUGGGCAAGGGGUUGAGAGGGAGAAGAACCAUGGUCCCUGCCCUGUGGGAGGCCCAGACGUGAUGGAAACACACCCAGAGCCUGGCAAGCCCUUGGAAGCAAGCAGAGUGCAAAGCGGGUAGCUGACCCUUGAAUGAACUCGAUGUAGACGUGGAGAGAAGUCCAUCAGGAAAGGCUCCUUGUUAGAAGGUCACAGUGGCAUGGCUGUGCCCCAGGCUUUCCUGUCAGGGCCCCUCCAUGAGCCUGCAGGUGCCCUGAUGGAGCCCCAGCCCUCUCCCCGAAGCUUGGCCGAGGGCUUCCUGGAGGAGGAGCUUCGGCUUAAUGAUGAGUUGAAGCAACUGCAGUUUUCCGAGCCUGUGGGCAUCAUCUACAAUCCCGUGGAGUAUGCAUGGGAGCCACAUCGCAGCUAUGUGACCCGCUACUGCCAGGGCCCCAAGGAAGUGCUCUUCGUGGGCAUGAACCCAGGGCCCUUUGGCAUGGCCCAGACUGGGGUGCCCUUUGGGGAAGUGAAUGUAGUCCGGGACUGGUUGGGCGUUGGUGGACCUGUGCUGAGCCCUCCCCAGGAGCACCCCAAGCGACCAGUGCUGGGACUGGAGUGCCCUCAGUCCGAGGUGAGCGGUGCCCGGUUCUGGGGCUUUUUCCGGAACCUCUGUGGCCAGCCCGAGGUCUUCUUCCGUCACUGUUUCGUCCACAACCUGUGUCCUCUGCUCCUUCUGGCUCCCAGCGGGCGCAACCUCACCCCGGCCGAGCUGCCUGCCAAGCAGAGAGAGCAGCUCCUCGGGGUCUGUGACGCGGCCCUGUGCCGGCAGGUGCAGCUGCUGGGGGUGCGGCUGGUGGUGGGUGUGGGGCGGCUGGCCGAGCAGCGGGCACGGCGGGCUCUGGCCGGCCUGAUGCCCGAGGUCCAGGUGGAGGGGCUCCUGCACCCCUCCCCUCGCAGUGCACAGGCCAACAAGGGCUGGGAGGCAGUGGCCAGGGAGAGACUGACCGAGCUGGGGCUGCUGCCGCUGCUAACGGGAUGAGUGCCCCUGCAGCCGGCAGGACACGUUCAAGUCCCCCAGGUCGUUCCGGGCAAGCAGAGGACGAUGCGCCUCCAGGACUGGAGCGACAGGGUCCCCCUCGGCUCCCUGGAUGCUGGGACCUGCCGGGGCAGUGCUGACACUACUCCUGCUCGCCCUCCCGAUUCCUGCACACUUCACCUUCCUCUGAGCUUGGCUCUUCGGUCUGUGGUCCCCACCUCCACAGAGAACCAGAAUCUGCGAGCUGCUCCACCUCACUGUUACCCUGGGAGCUUCUCUUCAGCUGAGAGUGACCUGGACAGUGACUUCUGAGGUCCCAUUUGUGGUUUUAGAGGAAAGAUCUGCCAGGAUCCCCACCUGUCCUCAUGGAACAGCUGUCUUCAGCUCACCCCUUUCCUCGUGGGGACCAGGACAAAGCAUGGGAUGAGGAUGCUAAGAGUGAACUUCUGGUGGGAGACUGAGGCUGGGUCGGAAAGAGAGAAUCAGUGUAGCAUCGUGGGAAAGGCCAGGAGACCUGAAUUUCCAUCCCAGCCUUGAGACUUGUGAACCUUACGACUUUGGAUGAGUUGGUUGACCUCCUCAGGCUUCAGGCUCCUCAUCUGUAAAACAGGAUCCCUUCCUCACGGGGCUGGUGUGCAGAUUAGCUGAGUUAAUACUUGGAAGUGCCUUGUGUAGGGCCUGGCCCGUGGGUGCUCAUCACCCCUCUUCUAGUUUCCUUGCCUCGGCGUUGGGGAGGCGCUCACUACACUACACUGCACUGCACAGGAAGACCCUCUGCUCCCAGGAUCUUGCUGGGGGUGGUCGUGGGAGUCUGGCCCUCCACCUGUGGCCUGAGGCGGAGGCAGAUUCUUGCCCUGCCAGAGAUGGACCGGUGGCUUUCUGGAAAAUCCAGUCUGUGCUUUCAGUCUAAGCAUUAAAAGCUCCUAAACCCUUUU